CUUAGGAUGCAUUGCAAAAGCUGUGCCUUAGUGACCAGCUCUGGCCACAUGACCGAAAGUGGUCGAGGUGCGGAGAUCGACCGCAAGGAGUGCGUUAUCCGUAUGAACGACGCCCCAACACGAGGCUACCAGAGGGACGUGGGCCAGCGAACGAGUCUGCGUGUGGUCGCACAUUCCAGCAUGCAACGUGUGCUACGAAACCGCCACGAGCUGCUCAACUCCAGCCAGAACACCACAUUUAUCUUCUGGGGGCCGGGAAACUACAUGCGACAAGACGGUAAAGGCCUUGUCUACAACAACCUGCGUCUGCUGAAGCAGAUGAUGCCUAAACUACAGAUUUACGUCAUCUCGAAGCUGAAGAUGCUGCAUUUUGAUGAGCUUUUUAAAAAGGAAACAGGAAAAGAUAGAAAAAGGUCCAAUUCAUGGCUCAGCACAGGUUGGUUCACUAUGGCGAUUGCAUUGGAGAUUUGUGACAGAAUCAACGUCUAUGGCAUGAUUUCACCUGAGUUCUGCAAGUUGCCCAACCUCGAGCCCUCAGUGCCGUAUCACUACUACGAGCCUGCGGGGCCAGAUGAAUGUAAAAUGUAUCUCUCCCACGAGCAGGGCCGGCACGGCAGCCACCACCGUUUCAUCACAGAGAAACGUGUCUUUGCCAACUGGGCUCGUAUGUUCAACAUACACUUCUAUCAACCGGACUGGAGACCGGCACCUGUAGCACAGAACAGCACAGACUCAUGAGGUUCAAACACUGGGCUGUUUCUGGGACUCGGAGACUUUGUGUCCUUUUAAGGACAAAUGGAUUUGAACGUUUGAACUGGAACACAUUAUGAAUGAAAGUCUAUUAUGAUGUUAUUUGAGGAUUGAAAAGCAACGACUUUAAUUCAAGGUACUUAUUGGACAUUUUUGCUGAACGUUUUAAUUGCAAAAGCUGUGAUGAAUGUUAAAUGUGUCAAGAACAAACAGUUCAGUAUUCACGUUACUUAUUAAUGGCAACCGUGUGAUCCACGUUGGUUCAUAAUUCAGAAAACUGGGUUACUGUAUAAUUAUAUCACAUUUUCUGUUUCCAGAAAUUACUAGUUUGAUAUCUAGGCCAUAUUGUUCUCCAUGUGUAAUUUCAUUUAAAUUAUACAUAGAGCCUCAAUAAUUUGUGCCGCGUGGAGAGUGUCAAGCACAUAAUGUUACAAAUUUCUCCUCUCAGUGGCAUCUAAAGAGAACCAUUUACAAAUUGUGCAUUUUCCAAAUGACACUUUUAACACAGGGCCUUAAUAGAUUGGUCUGAUUUGGUUUUGUACAUGUGAAAAAGAUGUUUUUCUCGUAAAUUAAGCUGUAAAUAUAGCUUUAUGUGAAUAUUGUAAUGUUCUCAGUAGUUUUCAGUAGUCUUCACUCCAAAUCAGAGGUUCCCAGAACACUUCAUGCUAGGAACCACCUUGGUAAGUAAUCAAUCUUGAGACCUACCGAAAAAAAUGUAAGCGAAAUAUAAGGUAAUUAUUUCGAUGACGUGAAAUGGUUGCACUUGGUGAGCUUUUGGCGCCACCUGUUGCUAAUUUUCCUCAACACGAUUCUGAAUACACAACUCAGAAAAUAAAAUACUAAUACGAUGCCACAUUGUGCGGCUUUUGGUUGGAAUAUUUAAUAGAAGGGCAACAAGAGAAGCAAUGUAAGUCUUCACUGCUUUCCUGGGUAUAAAAAGAGGAGAAAAGAUGGGAAGAUGUCUGUGGACGAAUAAAACGUACUAAAGAUCCGUGUCUUUGUUCUCUUAACACUGUUGCCACGGAUUGUUUUUCAUGUCCACAGGUUGAAGCGACCCCAAUAACGUCAUAUUUAGCCCCUGGAAUGUUAAUUUUAACAGGGGACCCUGCCAAAAAAACGUGUAUUUUACCCCUUGGAACGCGAUUUUUAACGGGAGACCCCCCUCAAAACGUGACUGGGCAACUUUUAGGCUAGUCUUGAGUGGCAGUUGGGCGGGUUUUGUUGUGAAGAUCUGGCAACCCUGAUGCCAUCCUAACAGAAUGUAAACAUGCCUAUUUUGCCGAAGCUCAUAAUGCUGCAGCCGCUUAAGGAGUUCAUCAGCGUGGAUUUCACUCGACAUCCGGGCAUUUAGACUCCUUGUGGGAAAAAAUUUAUGGCUUAUGGGAGCUGCUCUGGCCUAAUGGGAUAUCAUGCUAUGAGUUCUGCUUAUUCGCAGUGGCCAGUGAAUGUGCCUAGCACAACAACGACUGUCCCUCAGGAAGUCUAGGGAAAUUGGAGGGCUUUAAAGGACGCGGAAGUCUGUAAAUGAGGCUGGCCUUUGAUUCUGCUCUGCUGCCUUCUACUGUAAUCAGUCACCCGAGGCAACACCGUGAUUACGGAUGACCUUGGAUCAGGCAGGAGGCCUGAAUAAAAUAAACGUG